GCGAAGGUGCGGGGCGGCAGCGGCCGGAGCUGCGAGCGGCCCCUCAGGGUUCAACAUGGCUGAUACAUUCCAGAAAACACCUACACUCAAAGCUCCUUAUUCAGAAAAUGUUGAUGCAGAGCUGUCCUUUCUACCUGAAAGGCUGAGAAAGAAGCUGCUUCCUUUUCAGGAGGAAGGCAUCAGAUUUGCACUUCAGAGAAGUGGCAGGUGUAUGAUUGCUGAUGAGAUGGGGCUAGGUAAAACAAUUCAAGCAAUUGCCAUUUCCUAUUACUAUAAAAAUGAAUGGCCUCUCUUAAUUGUAGUGCCUUCAUCUCUGAGAUACCCUUGGGUUGAUGAGAUGGAGAAAUGGAUUCCUGAACUGUCUCCAGAUGAUAUUACCAUCAUUCAGAACAAAACUGAUACUGGGAGAAUAUCAACCAGCAAAGUGACUAUACUGGGGUAUGGCCUGUUAACUUCUGAUGCACGGACAUUAGUUGACACCUUGCACAGGCAGAACUUUAGGGUUGUUGUGAUUGAUGAAUCACAUUAUAUGAAAUCUAGAAAUGCCACCCGCAGCAAGAUUUUAUUGCCCAUUGUGCAGAAAGCUGUUAGAGCUGUUCUUCUGACUGGAACUCCUGCUCUAGGAAGACCUGAAGAGCUUUUCAUGCAGAUUGAGGCACUCUUUCCAAAAAGAUUUGGAACUUGGAGUGAAUAUGCCAAAAAAUACUGUGAUGCUCGUGUCAGGUUUUUUGGUAAAAGAGCUCACUGGGACUGUAGAGGAGCUUCCAAUUUAAAAGAACUGCAUCAACUUUUAAGUGAAAUUAUGAUCAGAAGGCUGAAAAGUGAUGUUCUAACUCAGUUGCCUCCCAAAGUUAGGCAACGUAUUCCUUUUGACCUCCCACAAGCUGCAGCUAAGAAUUUGAAUACCACUUUUUCAGAGUGGGAGAAAUUAAUGAGAAAUCUGAAUUCAGAUGCCAGUGAAAACCACUUUUCUCAAGUCAUGAAUCUAAUCACACGGAUGUAUAAAGAAACAGCCAUUGCCAAGGCAGGAGCAGUAAAGGACUAUAUCAAAAUGAUGCUUGAAAAUGACAAACUGAAGUUUCUGGUUUUUGCUCACCACUUAAGCAUGCUUCAAGCCUGUACAGAAGCGGUUUUAGAAAGUGAGGUUCGCUACAUACGAAUAGAUGGAAGUGUUCCUUCAGCAGAAAGAAUACACCUGGUUAAUCAGUUUCAGAAGGAUCCUGAUACUCGGGUUGCUAUUUUGAGUAUUCAGGCAGCUGGACAGGGUUUAACUUUCACUGCUGCUACUCACGUUGUGUUUGCUGAAUUAUAUUGGGAUCCAGGGCACAUUAAGCAAGCAGAAGACAGAGCACACCGAAUUGGGCAGCACAGUUCUGUGAAUGUUCACUUCCUCAUUGCAAAAGGAACCAUGGACACUCUCAUGUGGGCAAUGCUGAACCGCAAGGCCAAAGUUACAGGCAGCACCUUGAAUGGCAAGAAAGAGAAAAUGCAGGCUGAAGAAGGUGAUAAGGAGAAAUGGGAUUUUUUGAGUUUUGCUGAGACCUGGACCCCAAAUGAAAGUCUAGAAGAUCCCAAAAAUGAAUUUACGUUUACACACUUUGAAAAGGAAAGACAGCAUGACAUACGUUCUUUCUUUUCCCCCAAAUCUGCCACUGAGAAGAAACGCAAAAUAUUUUCUGGUAAUGAAUCAUUGCAUAAUGAUUUAAAAUCAUCUGAAGUCAUAAAAGAAGGUGAUGCAGAGGAGAGCAAUGAAAACCUGGAUUCCACAAGAACCAGUGUUGUGGAUAUCAGCUGUCUUGAAAGUACCUGUGAACCUGAAGCUAAAAGAGCAAGAAGCAUAUGUGAGUCUACUCCAGUCAGCUCCAGUAAGGAAGAGAAAAUAUCUUUGACUGGAGAAAAGCCCUCUUUGUUUUCAGAAAAAAGCAGUGAAGUCCUUCCUUGUGGCUCAGAUACUUCAAGCAAAAGUACAGCUUUAAAUAAAGUUUGGCACUGCAGCGUUUGCACUUACAGCAAUAAUGAAUUGCUUCCUUACUGUGAAAUAUGCAAUAGCCCUCAAAACAGUAAAGUUGAGAGAAACUGUGAAGUUUCCAGAAGCCAGACUGAGGAAGAUGUGUCAAAGGACUCCAGAAGAAAUGAGGAGAGAGCAGCGUGCAGUGCCAAAGAUAGAAGAGAAGAUUUUGGGGCAAUGGUGUCCCAGCACUCUGAUGAAAUCAGCAAAGAGGAAACUGUUGAAACUGAAAACAAAGAAAGUGAAAAAAAGUGUGGAGGAGGAGAUGUAGACAUGUUUCCAAUAUAUGAUGGGCUUAUGUUCUGUGCAAGCAGGAAUACUGAUAGAAUUCACCUUUAUACGAAGGAUGGUGAACCACUGCAUCAUAAUUUCAUUCCAUUGGACAUACAACUGGAUAACUGGGAGGAUUUACCAGAAAGUUUCCAGCAGAAACAAAAUCGUUCAAUGAUUCUGAGGUUUGUGAAAGAAUGGAGUCGUCUAACAGCAAUGAAACAGAAAAUCAUCAGAAAAAGUGGUCAGAUAUUUUGUAGCCCUAUUCAUGCUGCUGAGGAGUUAUCUAAGAAGCAGCCAGUGGUCGGCAGCACAAAAAGGUAUGUGACCAAGGAGGAUGUAGCAGCAGCCUCACUUAGCAAGGCCAGCAGCAGUGGGGGCAGCGUGCGCCUCAUCUCCAAAGAAAGUGAGAUUUGUCUGAAGAGUGAGAACACUUCUGCUGAACAAUCAGAUCACUCCACAAAGUUGCUUUCAGAAAAUGGAAAAGACCCCUCAGUUCCUCAUUCAUCCCAGCCUCCAGCUGAAGGCUCUUCCCUCUCCAAGGGAUAUUUGCAAGCUUUGGACAGCCAAGGGAACCCACUGUGCCUCAGCUGCCAACAGCCAACAGCUCAGCUUGACCCAGCCUGCCAGGCCCGUGCUUGGGACACAAGAUUCUGCUCUCAUGCCUGCCAGGAGGACUUCUCCAUCCGUUCUAGCCAGAGCUACAUCAGGACUAAAGUGUUUGAAAUUGAACAUGGUGUUUGCCAGCUCUGUAAGGGAAAUGCCCAAGAGCUUUACCUCAGCAUCAGGGAUGCUCCCAAGAGUCAGCGCAAGAAACUGCUGGAGGGUUCUUGGAUGUCUCACCUUCCACUUGGGCAGCUGAAUGAAAUGCUGACAAACCCAACUGAAGGCCAGUUCUGGCAGGUAGACCACAUCAAGCCUGUUUACAGUGGAGGAGGACAGUGCUCCCUGGAAAACCUCCAGACCCUGUGUACAGCCUGCCACAGAGAGAGAACUGCAAAACAGGCCAAGGAAAGAAGCCAGAUGAAGAGACGUUCUUUAGCUACAAAGUAUGGCUCUGAUAUCACAAAAUAUUUUGUGAAGAAGUAAAAUGCAAAAUCUGUUCAGUGACACCACAACUCAGCAAUCAGUUUAGUUAGGUAGUUUUCCUCACCCACUGACUGAAGGAUCUUUGCAGUCUAUCAUGCUGUUGGUAAAGGGAAGAAAAUACAGAAUUAAAACUAAUAAACCAUUAACAUCACUGAUUGUCAGAGGGCCUUGGGUGAGUGCAUCCAAGGUACUUGAUCAUGGUUGUAUUUUUAAGCCCUGUGUGCCACCUUGAUGCAAUUUUCAAGCAUUAGUUUGCCUGCCACAGUGUAGUUCUAGCUGCAAGAAUUCAAGGGAGUUGAAGCUUCCAUGAGUCUUGCAGAGUUCAGUUGUACUGGGGACAUGAUGGACCAAGAAGGAAGCUCACCUGAAAUUCCUUUCAUUGUUCACAUAGCAAAAUUACUGGAGAAAAUACAUGCUCUGAUCUCUAUCAUGACAAAAACUGCUAAAGUGAUUUGUCUCUUCUAAACCUCAUACCUGGAUCUUAAUAGCAGUCUUGGGAAUGCUCUGAUCAGCCAUGAAGAGGCUUUCUGUUGGCACUGGGCCUGACAUGUAAGGCUUUGUCAUUUACAAUUACUGUCUGUUGAAAUCUGUUUUUACUUAAACCACUUUGUAUUAAAAACUUAUUGCUCUCUAUUGAGAAUAUUCACAAUUACCAAAGGUGGUUUCUGGCAAAUGCUGCAGGCUUAUUGUCUUGAACAAGACUGCAGAGCUGAUGGCUCUUUCAGAUUGUUCAUGUGGCUUUCUUUAUAGUUACUUCAAAUAAAUUAUUUCUCUUU